AUGACGGGCAAGGCGAAGCCGAAGAAGCACACGGCCAAGGAGAUCGCGGCGAAGAUCGACGCGGCGACGACCAACCGCGGCGGGGGCAAGGCCGGGCAGAAGGACCGGCUCGGGCAGGAGAAGGGCGGCCACGCCAAGAUGGAGUGCCCGCUCUGCAAGGUGACAGCCCCGGACGUCAAGUCGAUGCAGAUCCACCACGAGGCGCGCCACCCCAAGCUCCCCUUCGACCCGGACAAGAUCAACAACCUGCACGGCUCCACCGCCGCCGCGCCCGCCGCGGCGGCCGUCGCGUCCACCUCCAAGCCCAAGCCCGGCAUCCGCGGCAGCCUCAAGAAGACGGCGAUGAACAGAAAUGAGGCCUCCACAGCUUCAAGCGCCUCUUCUAAGUCUCUGUUUGCCGUCGCAAUGGAUUGUUAUGACUACUGUCUUGUUUGGUCGGUCGUUUUAAGAUAUUUGGUUGUCUUGUAA